AUGAGCUCCACAUCUCGAAUCCGUAGGUGGUGGACAGAGGAAGAGGACCAGAUCCUUCGACGGGAAGCAGACUUUCAGCUGAGCCGUGGAAGCCUCAACGAUUGGAACCGCAUAGCAGCAAAACUUCCCGGACGAACAAACAAGGAUUGCCGCAAAAGGUGGAGUAAAAUACCAGGUCAUAUCAACAAAGUUGGACACACGUUGCCCAGAGCGUGGGGACACGUAAUGCAGACCGUAAGUACUUCCCCGCCGGCAUGGGAAGGCCGAGAAUUGGCACUGACGAUCGACGUAGAAUGUGCGAAGCGGUGGCAUCAUUCUCUGGAUCCAUCCCUCGAUCACAGCGAGUGGGUGCCCGAAGAUGACGCCCGGCUACUUGCAGCUGUUGCCUCUUGCGGACGUGUUUGGAAGACCAUAGGGAAGAAAGAAUUUCCUGGACGAUCAGCCACUGAGCUGAAGAACAGAUAUGUCAUCAUAGACAGAAAACGCCAACAAUCGGACGAUCCCUCUGCACCUCGAACCGCCUCAAAGGAUAGUACCGGAUCUGCCACGGCACAUGCAGAAGUCGACAUGGAAGACUCGGAAUCCAAAAAUAGUCUCUCAGAGGACGACGUGGCAGAGGUCCCAGACUUGGAUUUCUACUCCGACAUCCUCUCGCAUAUGGCCUCCUCCCGUACCACUCCAGGGUCUAAUUUGACCUCGCAUACCACAUCAUCCCUCACCACACCAGGGUCUUACGUCCCUUCGCACAGUGUCUCCCCACAUGUUAUAUCACAAGACUUCUCUUUUACAGAAAACGAAUUUGCUGCAGGCCUACCGACCCCUCAAAACAGUAAUGAAUAUUUCAGCGGCACCCCGGGCGCCUUCUUCAGCCAAAACGACACUUCUCUCUCAUUAGACAACCCGACGCUAGAUUUGGGCACGCUAUGGAACACGACAUAUUUCCCUCUACCUACGCAGCAGAAGGGCGAUGAUGCGAUGACAGGCGUGGAAGUGGGCAAGGAAAACCUCAGGAACAAGUUAAUUCUGGAGGAUGUGCAGCCACAGAUGGUGACGAGCAUCAUCAAGAUGCUGUUUGAGUCCAAGUCUGUUGUUAAGAUGAAGAUUCCUACGGCACGAGUUCCGCGUGCCGUUGUGGAUACGCCAUCGGCGCUGCCAUCCGAGCGCAUGGCUGGCCCUGGCAGAGGAAAUGCUCCAUCCAUCACAGAUAGCAAAGAGGAGGAUAGCAAGGAGGAGGAUAUUAAGAAGAAGGCUAGCAAAAAGGAGGCUAUCAAGGAGGAGGCUAAUAAGAAGGAGGCUAGCAAGAAGGAGGCUAAUAAAAAGGAGGAUAGUAAGGAGGAGAGUAGGGAGAAGGAGGCUAGCAAAGAGGAGGAUAAUAAGGAGGAGAAUAGCGAGAAGGAAGAUAAUUAA